UGAAUUUUAGAGGUUGCGCAGUUGGCAAUUCCUUCCCUUUUUUAAUCCGAUUGACAAGAUGUCGGCCAAAAUAAUAAAAGCAGGAGGCGCAGAGCCCGAUGCGUUCGAAAACCAGGUUGCUCAAGCCCUGCUUGAGUUGGAAGUAAAUUCCGACUUGAAGGCACAACUUAGAGAAUUACACAUAACUAAAGCCAGAGAAAUCGAGCUUAACAACAAAAAAUCCGUAAUUAUUUAUGUGCCGAUGCCCAAACUGAAACAAUUCCAAAAGGUUCAGACCAGGCUGGUCCGUGAGUUGGAAAAGAAGUUUAGCGGAAAGCAUGUAGUGUUUGUUGGUGAGAGGAAAAUUCUUCCUAAGCCAACCCGUAAGACCCGUGCAAAGAACAAGCAGAAGCGUCCACGUUCCCGUACUUUGACUGCUGUGUAUGAUGACAUCUUGGAAGAUCUUGUCUAUCCAGCCGAAAUUGUUGGCAAAAGGAUUCGCGUUAAGUUGGAUGGUUCCCAGCUCAUCAAAGUACAUCUUGACAAAAAUCAACAAACAACCAUUGAACACAAGGUUGACACCUUUGCUUCUGUGUACAAGAAAUUGACAGGAAGGGAAGUUACUUUUGAAUUUCCUGAACCUUAUUUGUAAUUAUAUACCACGAUUAUAUAAUAAAAUAAUUUGACAAAAAAAAACUG